UCGGUGCAAGGGAUCUAACGCGAUCAGAGAGAGAGAGGAAAAGGCGAAGGCAUAGAUCCGUCCCCAGAUACCAUCGACCCCCAAAGCCUUCUGCUCCUCCAAAACGUAGAUCGGUAACCGAAACGCUUGCUUCGCCACAGGGUCGAGCGGAAGGCGGGCAGCCGGGCGUCGGGCGCGCAGACGCAGGGGUGAGGGCACGGGCGGCGGCGCCUGGACGGGCGCUGUGGAUCUCGUCGACUACGAUUGGGCGGGGAGGCUCUCUGCCUGGACGGACCCCGUGGAUCUCGGCGACGAUGUUGAGUGGUGAAGCUUCUUGGGUGGCGAUGCUUUGCGGGCUUGCGUGAAGGGGGUGCGCAACGAGCUCAGGCGUCCGAUUUCCUGCGCCUGCGCCUGAGCUCGGUUGCCUCAGUCAGGCAGCACAUCAGGGCACCAACCAAACACCACUCCGGUAAAUCUCAGGGAGGACUACGGUUAGGCAAAUUCGGCUCAGGGUGGCAUCCAAACAAGCCCCCUAAGUCCGCCCCUGAUUGAUGGCUGUGGGUUGGAAGCUGCUUCUUGUAUGCCCAUCUAGUGUUCGGUGCUGAUUCCGAGGACCGGAAUUCUGUGAAUCAGUCGUGAAGGUGUGGCUGUUUGUACUUUCUGAGGCGUGACGAAAUGGAAUGCAACAAGGAUGAGGCCCAAAGGGCGAAGGAGAUUGCGGAGAAGAAGUUCGCAGCCAGGGACCUGCAGGGUGCCAAGAAGUUUGCCCUCAAGGCUCAGGCUCUCUUUCCUGGGCUUGAAGGCAUUGUUCAGACGAUCGCCACCUUGGAUAUCUAUCUUGCUUCGGAGGUGAAGGUUGCUGGGGAGAAGGAUUGGUACUCGAUCCUUUCUGUCGCCACAACAGCAGAUGAUGAAACUCUGAAGAAACAGUACAGGAAGUUGGUUCUUCAGUUCCACCCUGACAAGAACAAGUCAGUGGGCGCUGAGGGUGCUUUUCAGAUGGUCCAAGAGGCGUAUACGGUGCUAUCUGAUAAAACCAAGAGAGCAGUAUAUGACCAAAAGAGGAAUAUAAGGGUACUCCAACAGAGGACAUUUCAAUCGAGUAAAGCAAGUGGUGCUCCUGGUGCAGCCAAUGGCUUCUACAAUGUUGCAACUGCUGCUUCCAAGGCGACAGUAUACAAGCAAACAGCAGGACCAGCAACCCGUGCAGUGCGCCCGCGCCCACCUCAACCUCCAACCCCAUCCGCUCCUCCUCCUGUGCCUGCUCCUACUCCACCUUUGGCGAAGCCCCCUACAUUUUGGACCUCAUGCAACAAAUGCAAGAUGAAUUAUGAGUACCUCAAGGUGUAUCUAAAUCACCAUCUUCGCUGCCCUAGCUGCCGUGAGCCAUUCCUAGCAAAAGAGGUACCAAUGCCACCAACUGAGAAUGUGGUACAGGAUUCAGACAUCAAUGGUGCAAAUCAAAAUGCAAGCUCUAAUAGAAAUUUCCAAUGGGGUCCAUUCUCAAGGGCUGCUGGCCCAGCUAGUGCUACUGCAUCAUCUGCUGCUGCUGCUCAAGCUGCUAAUGUGGUUCAUCAAACGUAUGAGAAAGUUAGGAGAGAGAGGGAGGAGGCACAAGCAACAGCAAGAAGGGAGGAGGCUCUUCGGAGGAAGUACAACCCUCUAAAAAGGCAUGCAAACAUGUCAGAGAAUGUUAAUCUUGGGACAGGCGAUGUUGCAUCUGGUAAGAAGAUAAGGACUAUGGGUAAAGAUGCUGGAGUUGGUUCUUCAUCGGUCGUAUCAGGUCCAGGAGCAAAUUGUUGUAGAGUGCCAGGUGGAAGUAUAUCAUUUUCUACCAACAGUGGAGCCUAUGGGUUUCAAGGCUUUAAUGGUGGACCCAAUUGGAAACCCAGGCCUCCUGUUCGUGUUAAUUUGUCCAAGACCCCUCCAUUCGAUGUUAGGAGUAUUUUGCUGGAAAAAGCAAAAAGUGAGUUAAAGAACAAGCUAACGGACCGCAAAACAUCUCAAGUUGCUGCUAGUGGAAAAGUGAGCAAGAAACAUGUGGUCAAGGAAAAUGGUGGGGAUGAUGGAACUCUUGCAUCAGAUGAUCACACUACAAAAAAAGAUUCUCAUGUUGAUCCAGAAGAGAAUGGUUCUGGUGAUAGCACAGAUGCUGAAAAUGAAGAUGACGACACCUUGUCUUAUAAUGUUCCUGAUCCUGAUUUCCAUGAUUUUGACAAGGAUCGUACCGAGGAAUCUUUUCAGAGUGAUCAAAUUUGGGCUACAUAUGAUGACGAAGAUGGCAUGCCUCGUUAUUAUGCAUUUAUUCAGAAAGUUCUUUCCUUGAAACCAUUCAAGCUCAGAAUAAGCUUUCUCACAUCAAGGACUAAUAGUGAAUUUGGGCCUUUGAAUUGGGUUUCUUCUGGCUUCACAAAGACAUGUGGUGAUUUCAGGAUUUGUAGGUAUGAAAACUGUGAUAUACUCAACAUGUUCUCUCACCAGAUUAAAUGGGAGAAAGGUCAACGUGGGGUCAUCAAAAUUUAUCCACAGAAAGGCGACAUCUGGGCUGUUUAUCGGAAUUGGUGCCCUGACUGGGAUGAAGGUACUCCAGACAAUGAGCUCCAUGCCUACGAUGUUGUUGAGGUACUGGAUGAUUACGAUGAAGAUCAUGGCAUUUCUGUUAUUCCAUUGGUUAAGGUUGCCGGAUUUCGAACAGUGUUUCAGCACCAUCAGAACUCGAAUGCCACCAAGAAGAUUCCGAAAGAAGAGAUGUUUCGGUUUUCACAUCAAGUGCCUUUUUACAGGAUGUCAGGGGAAGAAGCUCCAAAUGUCCCCAAGGAUAGCUAUGAGCUAGAUCCAGCUGCUAUUUCUAAAGAACUUCUUCAGGAUAUCACAGAAACAGCGAAGGAGGUAGACAGCUGAUAUUCUUAGAUGCGUUGGUUGACCUGCAAUUUUUAAGCAAUCAAGCAAAUAGUUGUUGACAUUUACUAGUUUUUAUAGUUUUCACUUCUACAGCUUUUGACCAUUACCUUUGCAUACGAGGGUUAGUAUGGGGCCAGUCAUUCAGGAGUUAGCUUCUUCUGGUGUAAUUGGGGUGCUGUGGCAUGGAUUUUGUUGUGAUAACUAUACUUAGUAACUUUAGAUGUGGAUGGAGUAUUUACGUGAAACUCAUGUGUCAGUUUCUCAGUGAAAGCCUUUGGACUAUCUAAGGUCAGUGUUGGCAUGUUUUAUUUCUUGAGAGUGGAGCUAAUGUUUUUUGUGGGGAAUGAAAAUGCUAAUCUAAAUAGUGUCUCA